AGCUGGCUGCUGUGUAACAAAGUGAGGAAUACUCCACGGAAGAUGAGGAAGAGCAGGAGUGUGCUGACGGUGUCUCCGAAUGAUGACAGUAAAGGGCCUACAGACUGUGGUCUUAGUGAGUACUCCUGUACGCUUGGUGUCGACCUACGGAGGGGACGCAGGCGUUUCUCUGGCAACCUGCAGCUGCCCCCAUUGUCGUGGCGACAGGCAGAGAGGUCGCGGACCCCUGACGAUGACUGGGUCGUCCGACCCACCUUCCUCCCCUUCUGCGCCCCGCCCCGCAUCGACAUCACACCUGUUGACCCCGAGUGGUGAGUGUACACACAUACUCCAAUUUCCUCCAUUAUAUUCCUAACUGAACUCCUAUGGUGAUAAUGUAGAUCCAUUCAAAACCCAGAGAUACCCAUGUGAAAAGAGUUCUACAUGGAACCCAAAAAGAUUCUACCUGGAACCAAAAAGGGUUCUUCAAAGGGUUCUCGUAUGGGAACAGCCAAAGAACUCUUUUAGGUUCUAGAUAUAACCUUUUUUUCUAAGCGUGUAGAGGAGGCUGGUCUAUUCUUUAUGGGAUCCUGCUGAGAUGACUUCAGACUGUAGUCUCUAGGAGAGGCUCUUUGGAAGUCAAAUAGCUGCGUAACCUGUGCUAAUGGAAUAUGGUGUGUGUG